CGCAGCAGCCCGGCCCGUCGAGGCUCCGCUAGAAACCCGGGCCCGGGGCGGAGCGCACCGCACAGCCCAGACCCGGGGGGCCAGGGGGGCGGGGGGAGCCGGGACGGGAGGCGCCUCGCCUCUGCUUUGGGCAGUGCCCACCUGCCCCGGGGGCACAGCCAGCGGCUCCAGCCCCAGCGCCUGCUGUCUCUGCGCAGUGUCUGCUCGCGCCUGGCAGGCCGGGACUCUGGACCGACCAUGGGGAAACAGAACAGCAAGCUGCGCCCGGAGAUGCUGCAGGACCUGCGGGAGAACACGGAGUUCUCCGACCUGGAGCUUCAGGAGUGGUACAAGGGCUUCCUGAAGGACUGCCCCACGGGCAUCCUCAACGUGGAGGAGUUCAAGAAGAUCUACGCCAACUUCUUCCCCUACGGCGACGCCUCCAAGUUCGCCGAGCACGUCUUCCGCACCUUCGACACCAACGGGGAUGGCACCAUCGACUUCCGGGAGUUCAUCAUCGCCCUCAGCGUCACCUCCCGCGGCAAACUGGAGCAGAAACUCAUGUGGGCCUUCAGCAUGUACGACCUGGACGGCAACGGCUACAUCAGCCGCGAGGAGAUGCUAGAAAUUGUGCAGGCCAUUUACAAGAUGGUCUCCUCCGUGAUGAAGAUGCCCGAAGAUGAGUCGACCCCGGAGAAGAGGACGGAGAAAAUCUUCCGCCAGAUGGACACCAACAACGAUGGCAAACUGUCCCUGGAGGAGUUCAUCAAAGGCGCCAAGAGCGACCCGUCCAUAGUCCGGCUGCUCCAGUGUGACCCCAGCAGUGCUUCCCAGUUCUGA